AGUAGUAACCAAAAUUAUUGUUUGAUUUUAUUUUGCUGAAAUGAGUUAGACAACAAUCUCUCUUGAAUUGGAGAGAAUUUUAUUUUUUUUAAAUAAGAUGGUAUUUCAGAAUUCUUCAUUCCUCCUUUCUUCACAUAAACUUACUGACAUCAAUUUCAAAAAUAUUGUUCUCUUAACUAUUUUACGAUUCCCAUUGUGUGGGCUAUCUUUUUGUUGUUGUUGUUGUUUGUUUUAAGUAGCUUUGAAUUUACACAGCUGAUGCAGUUCUCACAUUCCUUUCAGGCUUAUUGUCAUCAUACCUCUCUCUGUUCAAUAUUAUCAACACCAUCCCACUUAUCACAAUCCCAUUUGAAUCAAAGGCAACUUGCUUCUUGUUGGUGAAAGCUUUGAAGCUUCCCCCUUGGGAACAUCUGUCUUCCUCGCCGGGCAGCCCCAGAGACCUCUGUGAUGUCGCCAAGCAGCGACUGUGACUGCCCGUGACCUCAGUGCUUUUCAGCAGCUGCAGGCUCUGUCCCCGUGCCUUCUGUCCAGGAGCUCCUGCGGGUGCACACGCGAGGCGUGACAGCUCCUGCAGGACCGUGGCUUGUGCUUCGAGCUGUGGCUUUUGGAGAGCAGCGGCUCUGGGCGCAGAGCAAAGGCAGCCUCUUCCAGCGCUCCUCUCCACGCUGACAGCUGCAGGGUGCUGUGUGUGGGUCCCACACGGCGGCUGUCCCAGGAGGGGGCCAAGGUCUUUGGCAGCGCUGAAGAUUCCUGGAGAGUUUCUCCACCGUCCCUGAGCGCCUUCGUCAGCACCAGACAAGGUCAGGCACGUGGCAAAGAUGUCGGGGCAGGACGUGGCAGCGGGUGCCCAGAAAGCUAUGGAGGAGUGCGCCUUAGAUGCGACUGCCGGCACCAGCCAGCAGCAGCAGGCCAGGCCGCUGGAGACAGCAGAAGACCUCCUGUGUCCCAUCUGCAUGAAUGGCAUCGAGAACGCAGCCUACGUGGCCUUCUGCUUGCACCGCUUCUGCUUGGAGUGCAUCCAGCAGUGGGCCGAGGGGAAAGCUACGUGCCCUGUCUGCAGGCGGCCCUUCCACCGGCUCCUGCACUCAGUGCGAGCGGACGAUGACUACCAGGAGUACGUGGUCGUCUCUUCCACCCGUCGCCGCAGGGACGUGGCCAGAGAGAGGGACCGGAGCAGGUCACCACAUCAGCGCUCCAGCCCACACAACUCAGCCGCUGACCACAGCCCUUCAGCACCCAGAAGGAGGCCUGUGGGACGUGACCCAGCAUCCGGAGAAGAUGCCAUUCGGGGGCCCUCCAACACCACCUCCCAGCAGGCUCCCACAUCCAGCACUUCUGGGGAGCCAACCCGGCUGAGCACAGGGCAGCACCCGGCCGGCCCUACGGCCGCACCUCGCGCCAGCUUCAGGACAGUGCUGCGGCGAGCUCUGCGGUUUGACUUCUGUUGCCUCCAAUAAACAUCUGGGAGACA